ACAGAUCGUCGAUUUGCUCCUAUAAAAUGCAGCGGCAAUCGAGCAAUCAAUCACUCUCCAAGUUCGACACAAGCAGCAAUCCAAUCCAAGCAGCUAGCUAGCUAUACAUACAUCUCCUAGAAACAAAGCAGCACCGAUCGAGUUCAGGGAUCUGAUCUGAUCGCAAGAAGCAAGCAACAAUGUCGCUGGUGCGCAGCAGCAACGUGUUCGACCCGCUGUCGCUGGACUUCUGGACGUCCGCCGACCCGCUCGGCGUCGUCCGGCCGCUGGCGGAGCAGUGCCCCGUGCUCACCAACGUGCGCGUGGACUGGAAGGAGACCCCCGAGGCGCACGUGUUCAGGGCCGACCUCCCCGGCGUCAACAAGGAGGCCGCCAGGGUGGAGGUGGAGGACGGCAACGUGCUCGUCAUCAGCGGCGAGCGCAACAGGGAGGAGCUUGCCGGCAAGGGCGGCGAGGGCGCGUGGCGCCUCGUCGAGCGCAGCAGCGGCAAGUUUCAGAGGAGGUUCCGCCUGCCGCGCGGCGCCAAGCUUGACCAGGUGCGCGCGUCCAUGGACAACGGCGUGCUCACGGUCACCGUGCCCAAGGAGGACGUCAAGAAGCCGCAGGUCAGGGCCGUCGAGAUCUCUGGUUGAUCCAUUGCGUGCUUUCAUGGACGCGAUCACAAAUUCACAGUGAUGGACGAGAAGGGCCAAGCUCCUGUCGUGCCUGAAUAAAACUGUCUUGAGUCUGCAUCUGUCCAUCUCCAUCGUUUGUGUAUCUAAGUGUUGUGUUUUGGUGUCAAGUGCUUCUGCUUAGUGUCUGGUGUCUAUAUCAUAUAUAUGGACUAUGUGAUGUGUGCUUCCAGACUUCUACUAGUCUACUACAGCUAAAAAAAAUCCGAUCUAAAAUCGAGAAAAGACUGGUGGUUCGCCGAAAUAAACGAUUGUGUUUUGCCAA